CUCUCUUCCCCUGCUCAUUUCGACAUUUGAAGCCUAUACUCGAGCCGAGGCGUUGCAUAUAAGACUCGGGAUGUCAAUUCAAGCAAUCGUCUGUUGCAUCCAACAAUGGAUGGACGAUGCCAAAAUCUUCCCAAUAUCAUUAUCAUAAAACUUUCUAUCUUGACCUACAAAUGGACGGUUAAGAAGAAAUGCGGCAUUAUUCAACAACCAAAUUCGUUAGAUGAAUAGUUGAGAAUGAUGUCCAUUCAAACCAUCCCCACAACAUCUAUGGCUCUGAAAUUGAAUUUCUCAUCCGAAGUUUACGUAACUUCACGUUUUCCCUACUCUUCGUCCAUUACCAUUUCUGCGUUGCCCUUUGGACUCAAAACUCGCGACAAUUUACAGUUGUUUGGGGUUAAUUCAUUGAGGCUGUGCGAUCGACCAGCUCUAGCACCAGCAAUCUCCCGGCGGUUGUUCCUACCAUCAGUAUCAGGUAUUUGGGAUGCCUUAACCGGCGGAAACUCUGCUCGUGAAGCAUCAAUUGCCAUCAGACGAGGAAUGCAGCUCUUCAGACAGGGUGAUGUUCAUGGGUCAUUGGUGGAGUUUGAUAAAGCAAUUGAGUUGGAUCCUCGUCAGCAGGCAUAUCUUUGGCAAAGAGGCUUGUCGUUGUAUUAUCUGGAUAGGUUUGAAGAUGGGGCGGAGCAGUUCCGGUUAGAUGUUGCAGCAAAUCCAAAUGAUACAGAGGAGUCAAUAUGGUGCUUCUUAUGUGAAGCUCAACUGUAUGGAGUGGAUGAAGCAAGGAGACGAUUCCUGGAGGUUGGUCAAGAUCCACGGCCUGUCAUGCGCAAAGCCUAUCAUAUGUUUAAGGAUGGGGGCGACCCAGAAAAGCUUGUUUCUGCAUUUAUUGGUGGUCAGGAGCAUGAAUAUUUCUAUGCUUCUUUGUAUGCCGGGCUUUAUCAUGAAUCUCAGAACAAUCCAGAUGCUGCGAAGUUUCAUAUGCUCGCUGCAUGUCAGUCUCCAUAUGGACUGAGGUUGGAUGAUUACAUGGCUUCUCUUGCCAAGGUUCACUGCCUUUGUAGAAAUUGGAGCCCCAGCUAAUGAACAAUUCAGUCCUGGAAAAGGUGAUGAGACAUCGGUUGGGAUCGACCAUACACAAAGCUCACUUAAAAAAAAAAAAAAACACACGCACACACACCCCCACACACUCACGCCGUAGUGCGAUUUCACCACCUAUGGGUACUCGAACCCUUGACCAGGUGUUGAAACUCCUAAGAGUCUACCACCCUAGUAAGAGUAAGGACCCAUACACAAAGCUCACUUGAGGUUACAUCAUUUUGCAUUUUGGUGAAAGAUAAAGGGUAUAUGAUUAAAUUGUUUGUAUCUAAUUUAUUUAUUUAUUAUUUAUCGUAUUCUACUAUUGUUU